AUGCAGCCCCCUCGCUGCUGCUUCCUCCUCCUCCUCCUCCUCUACGUCUUCCUUCUCUCUGGGACAUGGGCAACUCUGGAGGGGACCGUCACUGUCCGACUGCUCCAGACCUCCACCUUCCAAAACACCUCCUUUGUGGAGACAGAGGGGCUGGGCCUGCUGGAAGACAUCCAACUUGGUUCUCUUGAUAAGCACACCUGGUCCAUCCACUUCCACCAGCCCUGGGUGCGUCCAGCCCUGCCCCGCAUGGACUGGGACACCAUUGACAACAUGCUCAAGAUCUAUUUGCAGCAGUUCACCCAGCUGGUCAAUGAAGGGGCCAUGCAGAGGGAUGUACCCUACCCCUUUGUGGUUCAGUGCAUUGCAGGUUGUGAGCUCUACCCCAACAGGACCUCUCGGGCCUUUGGCUAUGUAGGCUACAACGGGCAGGAUUUCCUCAGCUUUGACACAGACAAUGUAACCUGGACCCUCUCCCAGGACACUGAUCUGUCCCGGUACGUUCUUGCCUUCCUCAAGAACUACACUGCCCUAAGCGAGCUGGUGGAGGUCAUCUUCAAUGAUACCUGUGUCGAUGCCAUGGAGAGGUUACUGAGCUACGGGAGGGCAGCUCUGGAGAGGCAAGAGGUGCCCGUGGCCACGGUCUUUGCCCGCACGCCCAGCCCACACCAGCUGCUGCUGGUCUGCCAUGUCACCGCCUUCUACCCGCGGCCCAUCAGCGUGGCCUGGCUCAGGGAUGGCCAGGAG